UUUCUAUCUAUCCAGAGUGACGCCCACGAGGACUCCAGCACAGUCUAGACCCCAGACAAGACACAGCAUGAAGGAGCACCAAGAUUUAAUAUCACAGUCUAUAAUUCUAGAGGCAAAUGGACCAGGUUCAAAGGACAAUAAGAAAGUAUCCGACAAUCCUAAUUUAGAUCUUUAUGAAGCGAUGUUUCGUCAGUUUACAUUCACUGGAUAUGACAUUAUGCAAGACGAGGCACCCAAAAAGCCUGUCAAACCGAAAAAGGACACCACAGAAAUCGCUAAAUAUAGUGCAAUAUACGUGGACGCGUGCAAGAAGAUGGGUCUCGUGCCAGUGACGUACUUGGCCGAAAGACUGGCAGAGAAAGAAGUAGAAAUGAACAGCCAUGGCCUAGGCCCACAGGGGGCAAAAGCUGUUGCCAUAUCAUUAGUGCGGAACGACAAGGUACAGUACCUUAGUAUAGAGGACAACUGGAUAGGAAUUGAGGGCGCUAGUUACAUAGCAGAAAUGUUGACGGAAAAUUUCACUAUAACAGAAUUGAAUCUUGCUGAGAACCGUAUUGGAUCUGAAGGUGCAAUAGACAUAUUAAAGGUGCUACUAGAAAAUACCAGCAUAAAAAUGCUAGAUCUCUCAGGAAAUGGCAUUCAUGACGAUGCAAUGGGAGACCUAGCCGAGGUGCUAAUGGAAAAUAUUUAUCUCAGGGAACUUCGUCUCAGUCACAACCAGAUUGGAGAGGACGGAGGACCAAUUCUUGCCAGAGCUUUAAAGUCCAACGAUUCAUUAGAAGUGUUAGAUAUCAGCUGGAACCACCUCAGAGGGAAAGCUGUCACCGCGAUUGCUGGAUGCCUGCAGUAUAAUGUUGGCCUGCGUAUGUUGGACAUAUCCUGGAAUGGUUUCGCACUGGACGGGUGUCGGGUGUUAGGGAAAGCGUUAAUCGCCAACAAGACGCUGCAAGAUCUGGACAUUUCAAGUAACAGACUCCAUCCUCAGGCCAUAGCAGAGCUGAUGAAAGGAGUGAAGGACAACCAAGGCUUGGUUAAAAUCAGUAUCUCCAGCAAUCCUAUAACGCCCAAACUUGCCCUUGCAAUCCUCCAGUCUUUAGAUAAGUGCAAUCCGCUAUCCGAGCUCUCAGAGGUGGACAUGUGGGACGUUGUCGUCACUCAGGAAUUUGUGAAUUUUCUCGAAGAGAUGCAAAAAAAGCGCGAGCUGGUUGUAAAGUACGGUCCUAUAAUGGGCAAAAAUGAUCAUCGACACUACACAUCCGACGCCGCACUGGGCACGACGGACCCACUCGAAAUCCUGUUCAACUUCAUGACCCGAGAGGGAAUGCGUGUCGUGGAUCUCUUCAAUAGGUUCGACACAGACGGCAGCAGUAGUGUAAGCAGGGCAGAGUUUAGGGACGGCCUCCUGGGUGUGAACGCCCCUCUGACUCGUGGUCAACUAGACGUGUUACUGGAACAAUUAGACGAAGACGGAGAUGGCGAAGUCGAUCUCAGUGAACUUAUGUCAGGUGCUUCACGCUUUAAAAGAAGACAGAUGCGGAGGAGACUGAAACAGUUGAAACACACAAAGACCGCUAUACGUAAAAUUGAAAAGAACGAUGAAGCAGUAAACGCUGAACUGCUGCUAUAG